GCGAUUUAGCAGCUCCCAGCUUGACCUCAUCUCCUCUGCAUUGAGGGAGGGAGGGAGGAAUGAAUGUGUUUGGAGUCUGCAUGCGUUCAGCUGGCUCUGCUCUUGUUGAAAGGAAUCAUGAGCAAGGGCUACAAUGAAUCAUCUGUUACUGAAGAGGAAAUCACUUACUUCACUUCUCCCAAAAUGGACAGUCACCGUAUCAAGAUGGGCCAAGACCUCCACUGCAAGCUCAAAGCCAAAGGAGGGCGUCAAUCGUGCCGGGUCUCAGGCACGCAUGAAUCCACUAAAUAUCCAGAUGCUGUCCACUGGUCUCCACAAGCAGGUGUUUGGAGAUAUUGAGGCUGGGUACUCGGAGGAGGCAAUCCAGAAGAGCAUCGAGCAUCUCCAACUCCACAACCUGUGGGGCAACGAGACCUCCAUGCUUCCCGAUGUGGAUUUGCAACUGCCCAAGAUAUAUGGAAACAAUAUUGACGAACAUUUCCGCACAAUCGCUCAGAAGCAAAGUUUCCCUUACUUGGAGGCAGCCAACGAGCUGUUGCUUUGUGACCUCCCUGAGAUGCCCAUGGAGUGGACGUGGGCGGUCGGUUGGACAAAGUACAGCCCGGAUGGUAAAGCAACGAUGGUGGAUUUCCCUGACGAAAGGGCACUCGUUUUUGAUGUGGAGGUGUGUUCCACUGAAGGGCCGUGCCCAACAUUGGCUGUUGCUGUGUCACCAACUACCUGGUACUCGUGGUGCAGUAAGCGACUCGUUGAGAAGCGUUACACUUGGUCCAAUCACCUGGUCCUGGCAGAUCUAAUUCCUCUGGAGACGUCUGCAAACUUCACCCGCCCAUCAGGAGGUGAAUGGCUGGAGAGACUAGUGAUCGGCCACAAUGUCAGCUACGACAGAGCAAGAGUGAAGGAGCAGUACUUGAUGAAGGCGACCAAGUUGAGAUUUCUGGAUACGAUGAGCUUGCACAUGGCCAUCUCUGGGCUGACGGGAUUCCAGCGCAGUCUCUGGAUGGCAAGUAAAAAGGGAAAGAGGAGUGGCCUGGAAGAAGUAAAACGGCACAUCAAACGAACCAAGGGCAAGUUCAAAGGUCCAGGGAUUGGAGCGUGGGACUGGGUGGACAUCAGCAGCAUCAAUAACCUGGCAGAUGUCCACGCACUCUACGUUGGGGGAAAACCACUGGAGAAGGAGGCUCGAGAGAUUUUCAUCAAGGGCAACAUGAACGAUGUUCGGGACAACUUCCAGGCGCUGAUGCAAUACUGUGCACUUGACGUUAAGGCUACGUACGAGGUGGUUUGUGAGGAGCUUCCACUGUUUCUAGAAAGGUGUCCACACCCGGUGACCUUCGCUGGCAUGCUGGAGAUGGGCCAGUGCUACCUUCCUGUAAACCACAACUGGAAGCGUUACCAAGAUGAAGCACAGGGCACCUAUGAGGAGCUACAGUGGGAGAUGCAGCAGUCCCUCAUGAACCUGGCUAACGAUGCCUGCCAGCUACUCGAAGCAGAAAGGUACAAAGACGACCCCUGGCUGUGGGACCUUGAAUGGGACACCCAGGAGUUUAAACAGAAGAAGAACACAAGGCGGAAGGGGAAGGCAUCGGUUUCCACCAGCGUGCUGCCAGAAUGUAGCUCGGCAGCAGAGCAAGAGGAAGGUCUGGAUCCAGGACCACCUCCAGAGGAAGAAGAGGAGACAAAGGUCCUCGCAAGCACUGCUCUCCUGGAUAAUCUGCGGCAGACAGUCAGUCUGCUUCCAAAGAGGAGACAGCACCUGCCGGGGCAUCCGGGAUGGUAUCGGAAGAUAUGCGUCAGGUGGACUGAUCCAGAGUGGUUGCCCGGACCCAACCUCAUUAGCCUCCAGAUGAGGGUCACUCCCAAGCUGAUGCGCUUGACCUGGGAUGGCUUCCCUCUGCACUAUGCAGAGAACCAUGGCUGGGGUUACCUGGUCCCCGGAAGAAAGGACAACCUGCCAACCAACUCAGAUGACACCGAUGGACCUUCAUGCCCCUAUCAAGCCAUUGAGAAGUUGCACAGAGAACAAAGCAAACAGAAAGUGCAAGAGUCGACGGUAGUCCCGGAGACGGCACUCAAUGAAGAGUUCCUGUUGAUGGAAGACAGUAUGUGGGAAAGGGGGGAGGCACUGAGCUGCCUGGAGACUGAACCCGAAGCUGAGUUCAAUGGCUAUGGAAAAGGGAGCAGGAAGAAGAAUUCUGAGCAGAAUGACAGUGGGAAGCCCCCGCCACUCCUCGAGGAUAGCUCCGAUAUACAUCACCAUGGCAACGGGCCCUACCCUGGUGUCAACGUGCCUGGAUGCUGGUUCUUCAAACUUCCGCACAAGGAUGGAAACCAUAACAACGUUGGGAGUCCGUUUGCAAAGGAUUUUCUCUCAAAGAUGGAAGAUGGGACGUUGCGUGCGAGCGGCAACGCAACGACUGCAGCCCGAGCGCUGGAAAUCAACAAGAUGAUCUCCUUCUGGAGGAACGCCCAGAAAAGAAUAAGCUCCCAGUUGGUUGUGAUGUUGAAGAAAAGUGAACUGCCUCGAUCAGUCACCAGGCACAAUGCAUUUGAAGAGGAGAGCACAAUUGGAGCCAUUUUACCGCAAGUGAUCACUGCUGGCACGGUGACCCGACGGGCAGUCGAACCAACCUGGCUGACUGCCAGUAACGCUCGGGGUGACCGUGUGGGCAGUGAGCUGAAAGCGAUGGUGCAAGUUCCACCCGGCUACCACCUGGUUGGAGCAGACGUCGACUCUCAGGAGCUGUGGAUUGCUGCCGUGCUCGGCGAGGCCCAUUUUGCUAAAAUACACGGCUGCACGGCAUUUGGCUGGAUGACUCUUCAGGGGAAGAAGAGCAGUGGUACAGACCUGCACAGCAAGACGGCAGCCACGGUGGGAAUCAGCCGGGAACAUGCCAAGAUCUUCAAUUACGGCCGUAUCUACGGUGCCGGGCAGCCCUUUGCCGAGCGGCUGCUCAUGCAGUUCAACCACCGGCUGACACCGCAGGAAACGGAGGAGAAAGCGCGGCAGAUGUACGCGGCUACGAAGGGUAUACGAAGGUGUGUGCUCUCAGAAGAUGGGGAGUGGCUGGUGAGGGAAAUGGGGGUCUCUGUGGAGAGGGCAGAAAAUGGAACCGUCUCUGCCGCUGAUGCCAAGAAAAUCCAACGGGAGGCUGCAAAAAGGUCCAAUGGUGCUAAAUGGAACGUUGUGAAGCAGCGUGUCUGGGAUGGAGGUACAGAGUCCGAAAUGUUCAACAAACUGGAAUGUAUCGCCACGUCGCCCCGUCCCCGCACCCCUGUACUGGGCUGCUGCAUUAGCAGAGCUCUCGAACCAGGUGCAGUUGGACAUGAGUUCAUGACCAGCCGUGUGAAUUGGGUGGUGCAGAGUUCAGCUGUUGAUUACCUACAUCUGAUGUUGGUGUCCAUGAAGUGGCUCCUUGAGGAAUUCAACAUUGAUGGCAGAUUCUGCAUCAGUAUUCACGAUGAGGUCCGUUACUUAGUGAAUAGUGAGGACAGAUAUCGAGCUGCACUGGCAUUGCAGAUUACUAACCUCCUCACACGUUGCAUGUUUGCCCACAAGCUUGAGAUGCAGGACCUGCCACAGUCCGUGGCAUUCUUUAGCACGGUGGACAUCGAUCAUUGCCUGAGGAAAGAAGUGAUGAUGGAUUGCCGGACUCCAUCUAAUACUGCCGGGCUGCAGACACGAUAUGGGAUCCCACCAGGAGAGGCAUUAGAUAUUUACCAAAUCAUUGAAAAAACAAAUGGUUCCCUUAACAAAAGAAAAUAAGUACAGAACAAGAGAUCUUUGGACUACAAAAGACAACUUCGGGAAAGUAACAACACAGUUCACCCACAAUGGUGUGUGGUUUUCCUGCAACAUAAACGGUAAAAAUGGAAGCUCUGAGAUUGCUCAUUUGGCCCAACGUCUGGAAUUCAGAAUGACAAAUGAUUCAAGCUUGGCAGAGACCGAUUGUGAAUGGCUUACAUCCUGUGGUGGGUGCAAGCUGAACUCUUACAUCCUCACUUACUGGGCUAAUUAUUCACCAUUGCUCAAAUUCAUCUUUUCCUUCUUUUCUUUUUCGGUUCUCGGUUUUCAUCUACGGUGGUAUUUGACUAAAGAAGGAAAGUAAAGUUCCACUGUAUUAAUUGCACAAUAUGGACACCUCUGUUUAAAUAUACGUGCUUCAUUUAACACAGAAUUUCAGCAUUACUGAAAGACUACUUCUCUUUCCUGUGUUGUAAUUACUAUAAUUGUAUCAGUGUGAGAUAUGAACAACCACUUGGCAAAUCAACGUGAUUAUUUCCCAGUGAUUAUUCAUGGGUCAGGGAUUAGAACCACUGGGUAGCAGUAAUAACGGGGUGUAUUUAAAGUCUCUUGGAACAAGUAUGGGAUUUGGCACAUUUCUCACUAUAAUUGUGUGCCCCGUCCUCAUUACCCUUCACUAAUCAAAAGGGAAUCAACUUGCACAUUUAAUCAAAGCAGAAAAGUUCCGUCUUUUCCAUUCCAACUGUGUGAAAUUCCUGACCUAAUAUAAUAUGCUCUCUAUAAAUUGAUUACGUAAGAUUAAAAAAAAACAUUUGUAUAUAAUCAUGAUAAGAACCAUGCUGGUUGCUUUACAUGUUGCAAUUUUUAAAAUGGCCUUAUAAAAAUGUCACCCUGAAA